CAAGCGCAAAGGGGGCGAUCCGAGGAUCAAGGCUUCCCGCAGGAGACAGUGCCUAGAGCCGCCGAGGAUUUCCAGGUCACAGACUUGGGCUAGCCCGGGCCGCAGGGCACAGGGCACAGGGCGCAGGGGCCAGGCAGUUCUUCCCAGCCCAGCGAGCACAGGACUUUCUGCUUUGCCAACCUAGGAUGGCAGGCCAGCUCCAACCAAGAUGGAGUUACUGAGGGUCAGAGGGAGGUACGCUCCAUUUCAGGCCCAAUCCCGAGGCCUCAGGGGCGGGGCGGCUGGGCCUGGGAGGGCCCAGAGCCCGGAGCCCAGAGAGUGCCAGCCCACGGAGGCCCCCCCUUCUUCCUCUUCUUCCCCUUCCCACGCGGCCCCGCCUUGGCAAGCUCAGCCCUGGACUCCUCCUCCAGGAAGCCUUCGGGCCUGAGAUCCCCGGAUCGCAGCCUUCUGGGAACCCAGGGCUGGGCGAAGGGGCCCGGGUGGACAGAGCCUGGACCUCGGCCCUCGCUCCGGCCUCAGGCCCCGCCCCGCCUCUGCUGCCCUUUCCUGCUGCCUCCUCCUCCCUCCGGACCUCCCGCUCAACCUGUAGAGGAUCCAGGCCGGGCCUGAGAGGGGAGUAUGGAGCCAGAGAGAAUGGCCCUUGGGACCCAGAAGACUUCAACCCUGAAAUCGGUGACAUUCAAGGAUGUGGCUGUGGACUUCAGCCAGGAGGAGUGGUGCCUUCUUGACCCUUCUCAGAAAGAACUGUACAAGGAUGUCAUGCUGGAAAUCUCUCAGAGCCUACUCUCCUUGGGGCUUCCAGUUCCCAAAGCUGAUCUGAUCUCCCAGAUGGACCAAGCAGAAACACCAUGGAUGCUGAAGCAAAUAGACACAAAAAACUCUGGUCCAGAUGGGGAGACCAAGCCUAAAACCAGGGAAACUACACAAAAGCUAAGCAUUUCCUGUGGUUUAAAAUUGAGAGAAAUCUGGGAUCUUGACAUCAGGUUAGGCAAGAAGCAAGGCAACUGGGAGAGUCAUUCGAAACAACUAAAAAUGAUCCUCAGGAAAACUCCCAGUGAAGGAAGAGGCGAUGAGCAUAAUGAAUUGGAGGGAAAUCCUAAUCAGGGGUCAAAGAUCCAUCAUGAACGUGCUGAAAGUAAGAGGAGCUCACGACAAUAUUCAGACCUAUUUGAAUGUAAGGAAAUCAUGUCAGGGAAUGGAUAUUCUAAGUAUAGUGACUACGGGGAAUGCUUUAAUGAGGAGAUAGAUCUUAUUCAGCAUCAUGGAGUGAAAGGUUUACAGGGUGAUCACUGUGAGACGUCCUUCAGCUUGAGUCCAGGUCUUCUUAGUCAUCAGAAGAGUAAUACUGGAGAAAUGCCUUAUAAAUAUAAUGAACAUGGUACAACUUUGACCCAUAACUCAUCUCUUGGUCCACAUCAGAGAGUUGCUACGGGAAAGAAAUCUUAUGAAUGUCACCAAUGUGGGAAGACCUUUUUUCGGAACACAGAUCUUAGUCAACAUCAGAAAAUUCACAAUGUUGAAAAGGCUUAUAAGUGUAAUGAAUGCGGGAAGGCUUUUAGCCAGAGUAGGGACCUUCAUAGACAUCAGAGGAUUCAUACUGGAGAAAAACCCUAUAAAUGUAAUGAAUGUGGCAAGGCCUUUAGUUACAGCUCAUCGCUUAUUGCACACCAGAGAAUUCAUUCUGGAGAAAAACCUUAUGAAUGCAAUCAAUGUGGAAAGGCUUUCAGAAAUCACUCCAACCUUGCCGUCCAUCAGAGAAUUCAUACUGGAGAAAAGCCCUAUAAGUGCAAUGAAUGUGGAAAGGCUUUUAGCCAGAGUAGAGACCUCCUUAGGCAUCAGAACAUUCACACUGGAGAGAAGCCCUAUAAGUGUAAUGAAUGUGAGAAAGCCUUCAGCCAGAGUAGAGAUCUUCUUAGACAUCAGAAUAUUCACACCAGAGGGAAACCUUAUAAAUGUAAUGAAUGUGAGAAGUCCUUCAGCCAGAGUACAUCCCUUCUUACACAUCAGAGUAUCCAUGCUGGAGAGAGGCCCUAUAAAUGUAAUGAAUGUGGGAAGGCCUUUAGCAGAAGCUCCAAUCUUAGAGUACAUCAGAGGAUUCACACUGGAGAGAAGCCUUAUAAAUGUAAUGAAUGUGGGAAAGCCUUUAUCCUGAAAUCAUCCCUUAUUUUACACCAGAAGGUUCAUACUGGAGAGAAAACUUCCAAAUGUAGUCAACGUGGAAAGGCUUUCAGACAAAAUUUUCACUUUGCUGCACAUCAGAGAAUUCAUCCUGGAGAGAAGCCCUAUAAAUGUAAUGGAUAAAAGAAGGCCUUUGUCUUCAGUUCAUACCUGACUGGAUAUGACACAAGUUGUAUUGGAAUGAAUCUAAUGGAUGUGGAAAGAAAGGCCUUUAGCUGGAGCACUGACUUACUAGGAUAUUGGAAAAUACAUACAGUAGGUAAAGCCAUAGAAAAGCAACGAAUUGAUCUGUGAAUGCCUUAUGUCUGUCAUUUCUCAUUGCCCAAUAGUAUUCCAGGACAUUAAUAGACUAUACUUUCUUCUCUUGUUUCCCAUUAUUAGUAUCCUCUUUGUUUGCAGUUCUUUGCUACCAUGAAAAGUGCUGCUGUGAGUACUUUAAUGUAUAGUGGCCCCUUCCAUCUGGCAUUGACUUUUGGGGGAGAUAAGCCUAAUACCAGAGUCAACUGGCCCAAGGGUGUGGAGAGUUGUGACUUUUCUUGUAUGAUCCCUUUGUACAUUAAAUAAAAAAUGCUGGAUUUGAACUGAGGUCCUCCUGAAUCCAGGGCCAGUGCUUUAUCCACUUCACCACCUAGCUGCCUCCCACUUAUCACUCUUUACAGAUAAUUAAAUCAUUAAACCUCUUCUGCUCUCAGUUGUCCUGCCACAAGCAAAAAUUCUCCAUGAGUCCCAGCUAUGGACAAGCUUCCUCCUGUUCUCUUCUGAGUUUUAUUUUCAUGAUAGGUGACUUCAGUAUUCAGCACCAAAAUGCAUCUUUAGCUUAUUAUGAUAUGAGACGUGAGUCUAAGCCUAAGUUAUAUGACAUUAUUUUUCAGUUUUUCGGCAGUACUUGUUCAAAAAGGGCAUCUCCCUGCCACCUUCCCCCAGACACU